AUGCGUAUUCGAAGUCGACGUACACUUCCUUGUGCCGAACGCACUUUCGCAACGAGGUGGUGCGAUAUCACGCCACUCCGCGCGACAGAGGUUGUCGCGACGCGCGCUGUUUUGGUUGGAUUCCCGCAACCACAUGCUUUGAGCGGUUGCUGCGUAAAACUUAUAACUGUUGCUGACGUUCGCACUUUGUGCUUUUUGGGGGUGACUUUUAUUAAUAAAAAUUCGGAACAUUUUUUUCUGGGAGUUGGUGUUUUCAACUCGCAACGAACAAUACAAAAUGGGUUGAUCACACCGGCCAGCAUGUAUUCUAUGAACUAUAUUGGGAAGUUCAUUGCGAACUUCCGGGAUUUCUACAACGAGAUCAACAGCGCGACGCUGACCGGCGCCAUCGACGUGGUGGUGGUGGAACAGCCCGAUGGCAGCUUCACCUGCUCACCGUUCCACGUGCGCUUCGGGAAGCUCGGCGUGCUGCGCUCCAGGUUCAAAGUGGUCGACCUGGAGCUGAACGGGGAGCAGCUGAACAUCCACAUGAAGCUGGGGGAGUCCGGGGAGGCGUUCUUCGUGGAGGAGGUGGGCGAGGAGGAGGCGGUGCGCUCCGCUCACCUGGCCACCUCGCCGAUUCCCGCGUCGCACUUCGAGAGCCUGUACGAGCCGAGGCGCCGCAACUCCCUCUCCGCAGUAGAACCGGACCACGGCCAGGCGUCCGACUACACUAAACGACGGUACACAGCUGACGGGCAAUCCAUACAGAAGCCGGACUUGAGCAAGAUAAAGGCAAAAGACGACAAACAACCGAGGGACGACCACGAGGCGUUGUUCGAAAUGGAGCUCCUGGACGAGGUGUCGGUGGACUGGACUGACGCGAAGCCGAGGACCUUCGCGGCGGCCCAGCUGGGGGGGGCGGGCAGCGAGGCAAGCCAGGCGGUGCAGAAGAUCAGCGCGGAGAACGACUUCCGCCCGAUUGAGGCCGCCGCCGCCCAGGACGAGCCCAAGCAGAACGGCAACGGCAAGAAGAAGAAGAAGACCCGGAAGGCCAGCACGAAGAAGAAGCACCAGCGCAAGUCGUCGACCAGCUCCGUCUCGAGCCAGUCGGACCUGGUGGGCUCCGAGCCGCGCGCCACCCAGCCCGCCCCCAUACCUAACAGCGCCGACAUCAACUUCUUCAGUGACACCGAAGUGAACGCCACCACGAUUAGUGAAGAGAUGUCGAAUUUCAAGCUGAACGGCGACAACCGCAUCCCGCUGGCGUUGUCCGAUACAGCGUUCGAGGUGCACGCAGCCCCCAGACACGCCAAGGGAUCGCGCAGCGGCACGCCGGUGCAGUCCGACACGGAGGUGGAGCUGUCGCGCGCGACCGGCGGCGACAAGUCGUCGCAGUCGUGGCGCUGGGGCGAGCUGCCGGAGCCGCCGAAGAGGGGCGCGGGGGCGGCGACGCCGGAGUCGCCCGCGCCCCCCGCCAGCCCCGCGUCGCCCGCGUCCCCCGCCGAGCCGCUCAGCUCGGACGAGGAGCGGCCGGGCCGGCGCGGCGUGCUCAGCGGCAUGUUCCGCUUCAUGUCGGCGAGGGACGCGGCCCGCGACGAGCCCGCCCCCGGGGGCGUCUACCUGGACGACCUCGACCGCGGCCAGGUCGAUCCCGACCUCUACUUCCCCAAGCACCACGCGGAGCGCUACCGCUCAGGCGGCGGCGGUGUGCAGCCGGCCGGUGGGCCGACCGAAGAGGAGUACGAGUCAGGCAACGGGCCUUCAUUGCCGCAAUCGCCCGCUUCGCUAGAAGCGCCCCCUAUCGACUCCGAUGACGACGACAAAAUACUCCACAAGGGCCAGGUGUCGGUGUACGUGCGCGAGGGCGCCGUGUCACGGUCGCUGCCGUUCGAGGAGUUCUGCGUCCGCGGCGAGGCGCUGGCCGCCGAGGGGCGGCUGGUGGUGCGCGUGGGGGCCCGCUGGCUGCCCUGGCGCAGCGCCGGCCCGCUGCUGCUCUCUCUGCUCGCCUACCGCCGCCCCCUGCCCAACCGCAUCUUGGAGUCGCUGGACAAGGCAUCGGCGGAGGCGGAGGCGGGCGAGGCGGCGGGCGCGCGCGCGGGCGGUGAGAGCGCCGACGCCAAGCCGCGCUCCUACUCGUGGUGGAGCUGGCGCCGCUCCAACGCCGACCCCAAGCGGAUUGAGCCAUCGCCGCCUAAGGAAGAAAUCGGGAAGGACUUGAUUGCAGCAAGGCAUACGUCGGAAAUUACCAAAGCCUUGACAGAUAUGACAAUUAGUCAAGACCAAUUGGACAGCCCCGGUGAGGAAAAGGACAGAGAUUCAGAAGAGACUAAUGUCAAUGAUGUCAUAGAGCCAAUAGAAUUGACGCAGAACGAUAUGACAGAGGCGUUGCCAGAUACGGAGCUGCCUCAAGAUAAAGGUGAACAGCAAGAUCAGAGUUCGUCGGACUCCGAGCAAGAGACGCAUCAGAAGCAUUCCCGUCGCCAAUCCACAUUCCGCAAAACUCUGCGGCUGUCUUCCGAACAAAUCAAAAAGCUGAACCUGCGCGAGGGCAUGAACGAGAUGGUGUUCAGCGUCACCACCGCCUACCAGGGCACCACGCGCUGCAAGUGCAACGUGUUCCGUUGGCGAUACGACGACAAGAUCGUCAUCUCCGACAUCGACGGCACCAUCACCAAAUCCGAUGUCCUUGGUCACAUUUUCCCGCUGGUAGGGAAGGAUUGGGCUCAAUCGGGUGUUGCGCAGCUCUUCACCAAAAUCAAGAAUAAUGGCUAUCAAUUGUUGUAUCUGUCAGCGAGAGCCAUUGGCCAAGCGCGGGUGACGCGCGAGUACCUGCGCUCCAUCCGGCAGGGCGAGGUGUGCCUGCCGGACGGGCCGCUGCUGCUCAACCCCACGUCGCUGCUGCGCGCCUUCCACCGCGAGGUCAUCGAGAAGAAGCCCGAGGAGUUCAAGAUCCAGUGCCUCGCCGACAUCAAGGCGCUCUUCCCGCACGGCUCGAACCCCUUCUACGCGGGAUACGGGAACAGGGUGAACGACGUGUGCGCGUACCAAGCCGUGGGCAUUCCGAUCGUGAGGAUCUUCACCAUCAACUACAAGGGCGAACUGAAACACGAGUUGACGCAGACAUUCCAGUCCACGUACUCGCACAUGUCUGUGCUGGUGGACCAGAUGUUCCCGCCGGUGCUCUGCGAGCCGACGGGCGAGUUUUCGCACGCGGUGUACUGGCGAGAUCCGCUGCCCGAAAUCGUCCUGCCGCCGCUGCCCUCAGCCCCCAACAACCCUGUCAAACAC